AUUCAUUUUUCUGCGAUUCAUCAUUGGUGUUCGCAGGUUUUGGGUUCCUUGCAUUCGUACGGGUGUUUGUUUAGGUUUCGUUUUUUUCACCUAAUUGAGUAUCAAUAAUUGGUUUUUUCCAUCUUAUGAUUUGAUUCGGAUAGUCUGAUGGGUCCAAUUUAUCUUAUGAUAUGAUCUUCGCUUGAGAAAACCCAGUGAUUUUAGACUGCUUUUAGGUUGGAGUAUACUUUCAAAGCUUCCCUGAUUGCUUCACUGUUUGGUUGUUCAUCAGCGAGUUGAUGGUGUUCCAUCCUUUUCCAUAAGCAAGACGGGCCUAAAGCUCCAUGGGAGAAGAACGUGGUCGAUUCUCUCCUCCUCCUCAUCUUCUCGACUUCGUAUCCUUUCAGAAGAAUGGAAGGCCACUCAAUUCUGAAGGUAUAAGUAACCGUGGGAAUGGUCUUCUCGGUCUGAAGAAGAGAGGACAGUCUAGUCGUUCUUGGGUGAAGAUUGAUCAAAAUGGGAACUCCAUGGUUGUGGAGCUUGACAAGGGAACUAUAAUGAAGCAUUGUUCCUUACCAUCCCGGGAUUUGAGACUUCUCGACCCUUUGUUUAUUUAUCCCUCUACUAUUUUGGGUCGGGAGAAAGCUAUAGUUGUUAGCCUCGAGAAGAUCCGGUGUAUCAUCAAAGCCGAUGAGGUUAUCCUCAUGAAUGCUCGAGAUGCAUCUAUCGUUCAGUACCAGUCUGAAUUGUGUAAACGCCUCCAAUCAAACCAAAGCCAAACUGCUAAAGAUGAUCUACCAUUUGAGUUCAAAGCAUUGGAGUUAGCUUUGGAAUUGUCUUGUUUGUCUUUGGAUGCACAGGUAAAGGAGCUUGAAAUGGAAGUCUAUCCCGUACUUGAUGAUCUAACGUCAAACAUCAGUACCCUUAAUCUGGAACAUGUACGUAGACUAAAAGGUCGGCUUCUUGCAUUGACACAGAAAGUUCAGAAGGUUUGUGAUGAGAUAGAACAUCUAAUGGAUGAUGACGAUGACAUGGCUGAGAUGUACUUGACGGAGAAAAAACAAAGAUCGGAGGCUCUUGAUACAGGCGAGCUAUAUAACCAACACGAGGAUUUUGAUGCUUCAGAAAUAGUUUCGAAAUCUGCACCUGUUUCACCCGUCGGCUCAAGCAGUGGAACCCAUAAGUUGCAAAGGGCUUUUAGCAGUGUCAUUGGGUCACACAGAAGCCUGUUGAGCUCCUCAAACGCUGGAGAGAAUAUUGAUCAACUCGAGAUGCUACUUGAAGCCUACUUUGUUGUAGUUGAUAAUACUCUGAGCAAGUUAUCCUCGCUCAAGGAGUACAUAGAUGACACAGAGGAUCUGAUUAACAUUAAACUGGGUAAUGUACAGAACCAGCUGAUCCAGUUCCAGUUGCUUCUCACCGCAGCCACCUUUGUGGCCGCCAUAUUUGCUGCUGUCACUGCUGUCUUUGGGAUGAACAUGGAAGAUUCUGUUUUCGACAAUCCAUCCACGUUUCAGUGGGUUCUAGUGGUAACAGGUAUUGGAUGUGGAUUCUUGUACUUCUCCUUCGUCCUAUACUUCAGGUACAAAAAAGUUUUCCCACUGUAAAAUUUCUCAUGUGACAAUAAAAGAUCAUAACUUUCAUCGGUUUGGAUUAAGGAGAGUAUCUACAUCAAUUUGUAAUAGGAAAAUACUAUCUGCAUCAGAAGAACCUUGGAACAUUAGGUGCCAAAAACUAGAAUGCUUAGCUUAGGGCAUGUGCAAUAUGCAAUCCGAGAGCCAUCUCUUUGAGUAAAUUUCAGGGUAAUUUUCCAUUCA